GUUCAUUGCUAAACUAGUCAUCGAGCCGGAACGUACAACUUAUUAACAAAUCUAACUAUUGAAGUUUUAUACACAUACCCGAUUUUUUUUCAGUUUUCCAACUUUCGCUUUGUAGCAUCUUUUAUUGGCUUAGCAGAAGGAUACUUUUACCUGCGAAUUGGAAGUAUACGCUCUGCUUUGCUUGUUAUUUCGUGAAAACUGAUUGUAUUCCAACACGUAUUUCGGGUUAUUUGUAUAUUAGUUGUAAUAUCAACAUGGAUAUCUCCCUAUAUAACAGCACUAUAGGAAUGUCCGAUUACGAAGCCGCCAAAUUUCACGAGCUAGUUCUCGGAAAGCAUUCGAUUCUUCUUCAAGAACCAACAGUUAACAAACCAGUGAAGGCUGAUCCGGAUGCUAACUGGAUUCUUAAAAAGCGAAGCAUCGAUGAAAAAUUGGAGGAAACAAGUUAUUUUCUUAAUGUUCUGCAAAAACAAAUGCGCCUUAAUGAAAUCGAAGAUGGUUUGAAAGCGGCAAGAGCUGCAAAUUAUAUUAAUGAUGUUGAAUGCAUCGAAGAAUCCGAAACGAAUGAAGCUCUCAAAGUUUUGGAUGAGCUCGAUCAGGAACUAAUGAAAGACUGCGAAUGGAGAGAUGACAUUAAGAAAGAAUGGAGAAAUUUGCAGAACAAUCGUUGUUCCGAUGAAAAGGUUGUCAACUUAAAUAAUCUGAAUGAAAUGAACGAAGAACUGAAACUUAACAACUCUAAGAAUAUUUUGGAUAAAAUUCCGAAAGAAAAAAUUGUGAAUACUACCAAUUUAUUGGAACAAGACGUUAUUCCGGUCGAUAACAACAUCGAUAUAAAAGACACUGUGUUUGUUGUCAAUCAUUAUGAACAAUUGCAGAAUUGGCUUCUUCAGGUGAAACAGAAUUACAUAAACAUCGAAGAGAAAUAUGAACCGAACUACAUCGCUCUCUUAACUACUGCUAAGAGACUGACUCAAAAGAUCAAAGAAGGACGCGUAUUAGCUUGGUUGAUUGCUCGCUCUGAGAACACACCCAGUAAAUAUAGAAUCUCUUUGGGAAGUUGGUUCCUUGCAAACCUUCCUAUUGUUCAAGGCAGGGAUAAAGUCAAAGAGCGAUUAAAAGAACACAAAAGGAUCGUUCUGAUGAAGAAAAAAUCCCUGAGAGAAGACGAGUUUUCGACACGGCAUCCCGAACUGAUGGCAAGGGCGAGGAAAAAUCAAGUUGAUCCAGAAACCAAAUUCUCCAAAUUACAGAAAAUUGGAAAAGGUUCUUUUGGAGAGGUCUUCAAAGGAAUUGACAAUGAAAGCAAACAGAUUGUUGCUAUUAAGAUCAUAGAUCUUGAAGAAGCUGAAGAUGAAAUUGAAGAUAUUCAACAAGAGAUCAUGGUGCUGUCACAAUGUGACAGUUCCUAUGUCACCAAGUAUUUUGGAUCCUAUCUCAAAGGGACCAAAUUAUGGAUUAUUAUGGAGUAUCUUGGAGGUGGAUCAGCACUUGAUCUUAUGAAAGCUGGCUUAUUUCAAGAAAAUGAUAUUGCAAUUAUUUUAAGAGAAAUUUUAAAAGGGCUGGAUUAUUUACAUUCUGAAAAGAAACUUCAUCGAGAUAUCAAAGCUGCAAAUGUAUUAUUAUCUGAAAUGGGAGAUGUGAAACUUGCAGAUUUCGGUGUAGCAGGACAGUUGACAAAUACUACUAAUUUUAGACAUACUUUUGUUGGCACUCCUUUUUGGAUGGCCCCAGAAGUCAUCAAACAAUCUGCUUAUGAUACAAAGGCUGAUAUCUGGAGUUUAGGUAUUACUGCUAUUGAAUUGGCAAAAGGUGAACCUCCUAAUUCUGAUAUGCAUCCUAUGCGAGUGCUCUUCCUUAUUCCUAAAAAUAAUCCUCCUCAAUUGUAUGGUAAUUACAGUAAAUCUUUUAAAGAUUUUGUGGAGCUCUGCUUGAAUAAAGAACCUGAAAAUAGGCCAACUGCUAAAGAAUUAUUGAAAACACCAUUUAUUAAGAAAGCCAAGAAAACAGCAUAUUUGCAUGAUUUGAUUGAACGUUACAAGAAAUGGAAGCUCUCAGGUGGACAACAGGAUUCUUCAAGUAGUGAUGAAAAUGAAGAUUCUGAUAUUGAAAAUGAACAUUGGAACGAUGAUUGGAUAAUGACCCGAAGGUCUUGUGAUCCUAAAAACGGCGAUGGAGCCAAUGCAUUAAAAGCCACAGACUCAAAGAAAGAGUCCCCAGUUCUUGUACCUAAAAAUGGAGAUGUUCAAAUACAAUCUGCUCCACUUAGCCAUCAUGGUCGUGCUGACUCUACACCAGCCAUUCAAAACCAUGAUGCUGACUACAUUGGCGCCAAACAUACUCGUAGCAAGUCAGAUAUGCAUCCUAUCUCUUCUGAAUCAAUAGAAAAUUUCAGACCACCAUCUUAUAUAUUCUAUAACCGACCUAAAUCCCUGUACGAUCUCCCAGAUGGCCAUAAACCAAUUGAACCUUCAUACAAAACUAAUACCCCUGCUGUCUACCAUGUAUAUCCACCACGAAUUGCAAGAAACCAGCCAUCCUCUGGAACAGAAUCUGAAAUAGUACCUCUACCCUCCAACCAAGCUUCUACAUGUCUUUCCAUUAUUGUGUUCCCUAUUCUUAAUGAGUUGAGAGAACAUUACAGAGUAGUGAGACCACCUCAGAAUAUUGAAGCCAUUGAUGAGUUAAGGAAUGCUUUUGACUUGGUGGAGAAAUCCUGUCCUGGCAUCACUGACAGAUUUUUAACAGAUGUUGUAAGAAACAUAGGGGAACAGAUGUUACGAGAAGCUGAAGUUCGCCAAGGGGUAGAGAAAUUUAAACGGCCAUAUUGAACCUGACACAAAAGAUCUCAAGACUAUCUUUUCCAAACACCAAAUAGCCUCUACAUCUCCUUUCAAUUUGGGUUAUGACUUUUUUAAUUUCUAGCAGGUUAAAUACUAUGAAAUGUUUCCACUCGUUUCUCCUCUGAAACAGAAACUACCACUAUCUUCUUAUCUUUCCUUCAAAGCCGCAAAAAAUGAACCCGCCCUCCCU